AUGAUGAUCCGAAGUGUGUUCCCCUUUCUGUUGGCGGCUCUUUUACGGCAGGUUCGUGGUGAUCUGGAUGCCCAAGCCCGCAUCAUUGGAGGCUAUGUUGUGGACAUAGAAGACGCCCCUUACCAGGCGGAAGUGAUAAUAGAUGACACUGCCAUUUGCAGUGGGGCCAUCAUCGGAUCACAUACCAUCCUUACGGCAGCGUCGUGUGUCCAAUCCUACAGUUCACUUCAAGUGCGUGUGGGCACCAGCUCCCGAGAUUAUGAUGGAACUGGAUUGCUGUUCGCUGUGUGUGAUAUAAUUGGUCAUCCAGAAUACAAUUACUGGCGUUUCGAUAACAACCUGGCACUGCUGAAGCUGUGCGAUCCCCUAAGCCCCUCCAAAGCCAUCCAGCCCAUCAGCAUAGCAGACGAUGAGCCGGAUGAUGAUACCAUGUGCUCUGUCUCCGGCUGGGGAUCCACCAGUUGGUGGGGCAGCUGGUGGGACAGGUGCUUCGGCAGUCUGCCAGACUACCUCCAGAUGACAUGGGUCAGCGUCUACAAUCGGAAGCAGUGCGCCGCCGAUCGGGGUGUUUGGCUCGGACUCUGGGAUAAUGGCAUCUCGUACCUCACCCUUUGCACUCAGUAUGGCGCUGGAGGAUGCUCCUACGACACAGGAGCUGCCUUGGUCAAGGACGGAGAACUCGUGGGCAUUCUAUCCGAGGGCGGCUGCAGCACCAAGCCAGAUGUCUACGCCAGUGUGGCUUGGUUCAAGGGUUGGAUUGCCGAGAAUAGCGAAGAUGAGGAUACAACAGCUCCGACCAGUACUUCUAGUGCUAUUACGACGGCACAUAUUAAUGCCAAGGCGGCGUGCUGCCCGCCAAACUGGGAUAACAGGAUGCCAGGAUCUCGGUGCCUCAGGAUGUGGGGCAUGAGUGGCGAUGCGGAGACGGAGGUGGAGGAGCUCCUGGUUGCUGGUGCGGCUGAGUGA